CGCAGGCAACUCAGGCAUCAGCCCGAUGCCAACCAUCCCCGAAGGCGACGUGUCGACGGCCGGCUCCAUAGCAGCCAUAGACUACAGCGAGAACAGCCAGCGCAACAGCGCAUAUGAGCCGGUGACACUGCCGCCGCACGCCAAGCCGCAUCUUGUGUUCUCGAUCCACCCACAGCAGCAGCCGCUCAAUGCGUUUGCACCCGUCGGCUCGCCGUCGUUCAUGUCAGCGCCAGCGCUGCUUUCGGAGACCGGUGGUGAGCCCGGCAACAUCGGAUCGUACUUCAACCUCGUUCUGAAUAACCAGCAGCAGCCGCAUACGCCCUUUUUGGCCACUUCGAGCCAGGCCGGGAUGGUAGUUACGCAGCCGGCCGGCAACAGUGCAGGGACACCGGGUGCCAGCACUGCGAUGGCGUCGCGGCUGAUCCAAGACAUGAAUGCAUCACUUGACAUUCAGAUGAUGCACAGCAUGCUGCAGCAGCAACAGCAACAGCAACAGCAGCAGCAGCAGCAGCAGCAUCUGUUCAGCCACGGAAACCGCAGCCAGGGGAACCUAGGCAGCACGACACCGGGCGUCAGCCAGGACAUAACCAUGGAAGCUAGCGAAGACACCGGCACGCAACAGUACCCGCGCAGCCACCGUUCCGACUCCAUCGACUUAACCAUGGCCAUGAACGGCAGUGCGGAGCCCGGCGCCGCAGCAGCGCAAGCCGCACAGGCAGCGCAGACGUCGUUUGCAGCGGCGACCGCGGCUAUGAUGAGCAAGCCCACACAGCCGCUCUCGCCAUGGCUACAAGAUCUCUCCGCGCUCGGGCUCCUGCCGCUUGCUACGCGCGACCCGCCUACCGAGUCUCAGCAGAAUCGGCGGAUCCCGCAGUUGGCGCUGUCGGCCCAUGCUGGCGACCUGCAGUCACGGCGCGACUGGCAGAUGCUGCAGCAGUAUACGCCGCAGCCCCUGGACAUGGGGCAGUUCCAGCCGCGCCCGCAGCUGGCGCAAAUCCCCGUCGGCCCGUCCACGGUUGGCGCCGAGUACCGGCGGCGCUUCAUGCCGCAAUUCCCUCUGGUGACCACAGCCAGCAUAGGUUCAGUGGUGCCACCAGGUUGCCGAUUCACUGCAAAUGAACCGGACCGCCAACAGCAUCGUCAAUUGCCCAGUGCCGCUGUGCGGCCCAACCCAGGCAGUCCAGCCGACAAGCCCGUGCAGGCGGACCUGACGCCGCCGGUGUUUGCGUCGAACCACAGUUCAUUUAACGGCAGCGCGAUUUCGCAGCCGCAGACGACGCAGGUUCUUUCGGCCAGCACCCAGGACCGCAACAAGGCGCCGCACUGGGUGGAUGCCAAUGUGUGGAGCUCGUGGAUUGCCGCAGCCAACGGCAAUGGCGAUGCGGCUACAUUGGCGCAGGCUACGGCGAUGGGCAUUACGCCGGGCAUUGGCGGCCCGCAGACGUUCCUGCCCCAGCAGCAGCAGCAGCAGCAGUUCAGCCAGCAGCGCAGCGAGAACGAGCUGCUGCAGAUGUUCGAUUCCGUGACUAGCGGCGGCGACCAGAUGACGCUGGACCAGCAGCUGGCCAUGAUGGAGUCGGUGCUCAACACCAAUGGCAAAUAA